GCCGAUGAUAUAAGAAUAUUUGAGCCGGAAAAUGUCGUUUCCCGAUAAAGAGACCCGAGAAAAGUGCUGGAGCAACCGGGAUCAGUACUGGGCGUGCCUCGAUAAGUACGCGCCCGAUUACCAGUGUACAUCGCAGGCGCCGGAGCCGAAGGAAUGUAUUCACCUGCGCAAACUGUACCAGCAAGGAUGCCCGGCCCAGUGGGUAAAACACUUCGAUCGGAAACGAACGUACGACCAGUUCAAGCAGAAGAUGGCCAAAGGCUACGAACCGCUCAAUGCUGAGCACAAAGAAAAACCCUAACACUUCAGGUGCCAGGUGCGCGUUUAACACUAGUGUAUAAAAUAAAGCCAAACGCUUCGGGGUUCGUUGGUGGAAAACGUUAUUAUUACGAGAGAGUAGAUUAUGUACCAAAUACAGUCCUGCUGAAGGAUUACUCCUA